CGACACCGACAAAAUACAACUUGUUGCUUGUAGCUUAGUUGAACUAGAACCUACAACGCAGUAUUUUCCACUUUCCUUGCAAUCCGAAUACUAGCACAUUUAAAACAUUAACACUAUUCCAGUUUCAAAGUCGAUAAAUUAAUCCCAUCAAAAUGACCAAUUAUCACAAACCGGAGGCGAAAUUGGUGCAAGAAUUGAGGGACAUUGCCAAUAAAAUCAGAAUUCAUUCUAUAACCUCCACGCAAACGGCUAAAUCUGGGCAUCCGACAUCAUGUUCGUCAAUCGCCGAAAUUCUGUCGGUCUUGUUCUUCAACACGAUGCGAUACAAAGUGUCAGCGCCGUUGGACGCCUCGAGCGACAGAUUCGUUUUAUCGAAGGGCCAUGCCGCCCCUGCCUUGUACGCCGCUUGGGCCGAGGCCGGCCUCUUUCCCGUUAAAGAUUUACAGAAUCUAAGGAAAAUCGACUCCGACUUGGAAGGUCACCCUACGCCGAGGCUCAACUUCAUCGACGUCGGCACCGGUUCCCUUGGUCAAGGAUUGGCCAUCGCCAAUGGAAUGGCUUACGUUGGAAAGAAUUACGACAAAGCGAAUUACAGGGUGUAUUGUCUUAUUGGCGACGGCGAGAGUGCCGAGGGUUCGAUUUGGGAAUCGGUUCAUUUUGCUGGUCAUUAUAAACUAGACAAUUUGGUGAUGAUAUUCGAUGUAAAUCGCUUAGGUCAAAGUGAAGAAACUUCCUUGGGCCACGAUAUAGAUACAUACCGCAAACGGUUAGAAUCCUUCGGAGUUCACGCUAUUGUAACCGAUGGGCACGAUGUAGAGGAAUUAAUUAAAGCGUUCUAUACAGCAGCCCAUACUAAAGGAAAACCAACCGCUAUAGUAGCAAAGACCUUCAAAGGCAAAUAUUUCCCCAAAAUCGAAGACUUGGACAAUUGGCACGGAAAAGCCCUUGGAGAUCAGGCCGACAGAGUAAUCGCACAUUUGAAAACGUUAAUUAAAAAUCCAGGUGCACCUCAGGUACAUCCGCAAAAACCGUUAAAAGACGACGCUCCUUCAGUAAACAUUUCCAACGUUCAACUAUCAUCGCCGCCUAGUUACAAAAUCGGAGAGCAGCUUGCCACCAGAGCAGCCUACGGCACUGCACUCGUUAAAAUAGCACAAAACAAUCCCCGAAUCAUAGCUUUGGAUGGCGACAUGAAGAACUCCACCUUUUCGGAGAAAUUGAAGCAAUUCGACCCGACCCGGUACAUCGAGUGCUUCAUCGCCGAGCAAAGUCUGGUCGGUACUGCCAUCGGUGCUGCUUGCAGGGACAGGACCAUUCCUUUCGUCUCAACCUUCGCAGCUUUCUUUACUAGAGCUUUUGAUCAAAUAAGGAUGGGCGCUAUUUCACAAACCAACGUAAACUUUGUAGGUACUCACUGCGGUGUAAGCAUAGGAGAAGACGGACCUAGUCAAAUGGGUUUAGAAGACUUAGCAAUGUUUAGAUCGAUACCGGGCUGCACUGUAUUCUAUCCAGGAGACGCUGUGGCUACCGAACGUGCUAUUGAACUUGCGGCUAAUACCAAGGGAGUGACUUUUACGCGACUGAACAGGCCAAACACUCCGGUUUUGUAUCCAAAUGAUUUCGUUUUUGCGAUUGGUAAAGCUAAUGUCGUUAAACAAACCGAUAAAGAUCAAGUUGUCGUAAUUGGAGGGGGUGUAACCUUGCACGAGGCAGUUACGGCGUCCACGGAACUUUCGAAGGCGGGCAUUGGCGUUAGAGUAAUCGAUCCGUUUACCGUAAAACCGAUCGAUAAAGAAACCAUCAUCAAGAACAUUAAAGAAGUCGGAGGUCGCGCCGUAGUCGUCGAAGAUCAUUAUUAUGAAGGCGGAUUGGGCGAAGCCGUUCUUUCUGCGGUCGCGUUAGAAAGGAAUAUCAUUGUUAAACAUAUCGCUGUGCCCACGAUCCCUCGUUCCGGCCCCCCGAAUGCUCUGUUAGACAAAUACGGACUUUCUGCUAAACAUAUUGUUGAGGCAAUUCAAGAAAUACUUAAGCUUUGAGAUGUUUCUGGCGAUUUUGUAAUUUUGUUAUAUUUUCCAAAAUUUAUAUGUUGUAUUUUAAACGUUCAUUUCAUUAAAAUAUAUGUGGCUGCAAUGCCUAAUGAAAAAAUAA